AUGUCUGAAAUCUCACAGCAGCCCGCAGUGGCAACGCCGCCAGUAUAUAUCCUCGACCCCCACGCCAACCGCACAAAGGAAGAGGACAUCGAUCUCUCUCACACCGUCGGCAAACUCCCCACAUGGACCACUGUCCAGGAGUCGCUCGGCACCCGCACCGGCUGGUUUGGCGACUAUGACUAUGGUUUCCUCUGCAUGCCCACCUUGCCUGGAUUUUCCAAGGUCACAAGAAUCCCUCCCUUCUUUGGAUUGAAAGACCGCCUCCCCCUUGUUCUCGCCAUCGUCAUGGGCUUCCAGCACGCGUUGGCCAUGAUUGCUGGAGUUGUCACCCCUGCAUUGAUCAUGUCAGGAAGCGGCAAGAACGGCCUCAACUUUUCGCCCGCCAUGCGCACACAAAUGAUUUCGACCUCCUUAAUUACCUCCGGCUUGCUCUCCCUCGUUCAAAUCACCCGGUUCCGCCUCGGUCGCAGUCGCUACUUCCUCGGCACAGGACUCCUCUCAGUCGUUGGUACCUCGUUCAUCUUCCUCCCCGUCCUCCAGUCCUCUGUCGCCAACAUGUACGCCUCUGGAUUCUGCCCCAGCACUGUUGACCCCACGACCGGAGACAUCACCUACAUGUCCUGCCCAGAUGCCUGGGGUGCCUUCUUGGGUACCUGCAUGGUCUGCAGUUUCCUGCCCAUGAUAUUGUCGUUCUUGCCUCCCAAAGUCUUGAAGAAGGUUUUCCCCCCUAUUGUCACCGGUGUUACUGUCAUGAUGAUCGGUGUCCAUCUGGUCACUUCGGGUAUGGCCCAGUGGGGUGGUGGAAACGGUCCCUGCAAGAGCAGGCCCACGACUGGUCCCUUUGUCAACUGCCCCAGCAACAGCGCCCCCCGUGCUGCACCAUGGGGCGAUGCCCAAUGGAUCGGACUCGGCUUCUUGGUCUUCUCGAUUAUUAUGAUUGUCGAGUUCUUUGGAUCGCCCUUCAUGAAAAACGCUCAGGUCGUCAUUGGCCUCGUUGUCGGAUUGAUUGUCGCCGUCGCCUGUGGUUACACUACCAGCGAGUCUAUCGAUGCUGCGCCCGUUGUCACCUUCCUCUGGACCCGCACCUACAAGAUCGGCAUCUACGCACCAGCCGUAAUUCCGCUACUAAUCACGUACACCCUGGCCAUGGUCGAGUCCAUUGGUGACAUCACCGCCUCCUGCGAGGUUUCUCAGUUGUCCGUUGAGGGUCGUGAGUUCGAGUCUCGUCUCCAGGGCGGUAUUCUUGCCGACGGUAUUGCCGGCAUGCUAGCCCCUCUCUUCAUGAACUCGCCCAUGUCCUGCUACGCCCAGAACAAUGGAAUCAUCUCCUUGACCCGCUGCGCCAACACUAUGGCCGGUUACAUGUGCUGCCUCUUCUUGGUCCUCAUGGGUGUCUUCUCCAAGUUUGGAGCCCUCUUCCUCAUGGUUCCCGACGCAGUCCUCGGAGGCAUGACUACCUUCCUCUUCUCUAGCGUCGUCGUCUCUGGAAUUCGCAUCUUGUCCUUCCUCCCCUGGACCCGCCGUGAGCGCUUCAUUGUUGCGGCCGCCCUUACCCUCGGUGUCGGCACCUCGGUCGUCCCCGGAGUCUUCACCCACAUGUUCUCCUACUCUGGCACCAACGCCUUUGUCCUCUCGUUGAUCAACUCUGCCAACAUUGUCCUCGACACUGGAUUCGCGCUGGCUGCGAUCGUCUCAUGCUUGUUGAACGGCUUACUCCCUGACAACCCACCCAUGGCUGCCGAGCCCAUCAUCGACCGCCACGGUCCCAUCCCCUCCGACAAGGAGAUCCAAGAGAUGAACAUCGAGGCACAGUCCAUCCACGAGAGUAUGCUCAACGACAAGACCCGCCACUAA